AUGUUCUCCUUGACACACUGCAGACACAUCACACGAUGGACCAAAUACCUCGCGCGCAUUUCGAGUGUUCUGCUUGCUAUGGACCUCACGCUUCGUCUUCUGCGAACAUGCUCGGAUUGUUUGAGCCAGCGUCGAUGGCCCCCCUGGGCUCCGAACCGACCGCAAAAGUUCAAUCAUAUCCAAUGCAUGAUGCAUCGUCGCACCCCCCAGCGCAUGACGCUACACACCACCCACCCUUCUUACAUUGUCAAAGUACGCCAAGGCUGGAGAGAUCUUCAGAGGCCACGAUGGAGCCCGGCCACGACGUCAGUGAGAACAUUGUACGGCGGCACAUGUUCCUGCAGCUCUGCUAUUGGAUCAGAAGCUAUCCUGGGAGGUCACCUGAGGCUCGCUAUCUUGCAUAGACCCCGAACAAGCUCCGGACGGUCGGUACACAGCAUUACCAUGGCUCUCUCCAUUGCGAGGCUGUCGACACGCAACAUGACACGGCGCAAUAGAUUAGAUUCAGAAUGGUCGGGCUAUCAUCUUGUCACCCCGUCACGCAGCCCUUGGAGAGGCUUACACGGCAUUGAGGGCUCCAGCGACAUGGCAUUGUCCCGAACACAGCGGUCGCAAGAGCUGCUGCCAUGGGGAUAUACGGUGUGUAAUGCUGUGCCGUAUGACUAG